GCCGCUGACAGCACCGAAACAUCACGGUACGCACCCACACCCACACCCACACGACAAAUCGAAGAAAAAAACACCGUCUGUGUGUGUGUGUGUGUGUGUUUGUGUGUGUGCACAGAACACUGAGGACACCCCCACUUACCGUUGCCUCCGCAUAGAUCUAUCAACCUUGCUUGGUGUUGUUGGUCCGUUUACCACCACCACUUGAAGCACCCUACACGACGACGAGAAUUUCAUACUCAGAGUGUGCUCGCCACUCGCUCACCCCUUAACACAUAAAUACCUUUGUCACUAUUUUCGUUUUCCUUUUCCCGUCAUGGACACCGCGUGGCAGACCUCGGUUGACCGCAUGUUGCGAAACACCGGCGCCACGUUAGAAAACCUGCAGGGGCGGCGCAGGAGCUACGACCGGGCAAAGAACAAGGUGGACGACUACCUCGGCCUCGCCACCCCGCAUCGGGACAGCAAAGACUUCGACUCCCUUGACCGAACUGACCUGAGCGUCCCGCCGCCCUUGCCGCAGCACCGGCGUUACCGCACAGCCCGCGAUGGCGCCUACAACGGAGGAGCAGGCAACAUGUAUGGGACGGGCACGCCGGGUCCGUCUCCGCCGGUGGACCUCACCGCGCCAGCGCAGCAGCCGGCAAAAGGACGGCGUGGCAUCGCUGCGGCAGCCCGUGCCGAUGACCCGACGGCGCCGCUACAGUUGGUGAAUGCGCAGGUCCGCGGGGCGAUGUUAGAGUUGGAGUUGGAGAAGGCGAAGCGGGCAGACAGCAUACGUGAACUGGCGUACCGCACCACCGCAGAGCUGGCGGAGUUGCGCAGCAUGAUCACACAGCUUCAAGACGAGAACGUGUCCUUGCGCAAGUCGGUUCGUGCCCUGGAAGGAAAGCUGGGCUUUGCGCCGGACUCGAAGCCCACCUCGCAACUCGUAGGCGCAGGAAAGACGUCGGUGCUCAAUGGUGGGGCGUCUCACGCGUCUUUCUCGGAGUUGGGUCCGCAGUUGCAACAUCCCUCUCGCGCAGCCCAAUUAGCCUCGGCCGUCGCCAACAGCGGCUUUGGGCUCGGCCCGGACGUCGCCGCCCCCGCCGCCGGCGGUGGCGCCGCCUCCUUAGCAGCUCGCAUCGACGCCCUCGAGAGCGGCCUUGCCCGGCAGCAGCAGCUCGCCGAAGAGCGGCAGACACGCACCGCCACCGUGUUACGGGAGAUGGUCAAAGCCGAGGUGGGUUCCGAUAUGGCGCAGGUCCGCACCGUGGCACGUGAAGCGGCCCGCGACAGCACGGAGGAUCUCGUAAAGCUGCGUCUCGCUGCCAUGCAGUCCAGCGUGCAAACCGACGUGCAGCGCGCGGUGCGGGCCGCGGCGGCGAGUGAAACCGCGGCCCAGCAGGCACAGCAGCAAUGCAGCGAAGCGGAGCACCGUCUCUCAGCUCAGAUACAAAAGCUGAAUCUGCAUUUUCUAGAUGGACAGCGCGGCUCCGUGUCGGGGACAUCGUCACCCAAUGCUGCAGGCGCCCCUGGUGGCGUCGUUGCCUACGCGGCCCCCGCAAGCCAGGAGCGACUCCUCCAUCUGGAGGGGGCGGUGGAAGAGGAGCUGCACGGCCUUCGAGGACAGCUACGCCAGCUCCGGCAGGACACCGAGACGCACCUGGAGCGCCUCGCACAGGAGCAGAAGCAGACACACGCACAACUCCAGGGCAAGGCGAACGCGCAGGACUUGCGCGACGUGGCAAACCGUGUGGAAGAGCAACAGCAGCAGUACAGCAGCAUCGGCGGUGUCGGCGCUGGCCUGCGUGAGCACGUGCACUCCACCGUACGCGCGCAGCUCCAACCUGUACACGACGCCGUGCAGAAGCUUCAAGAGAGCACACAGGAGCAGCAGGAAACCGCAGAGGCGUGGCGGCGUCAGACGGGUCUGCGCUUCGCCGCCGUCGAGGCCAGCACCCGCGACUUCCGCGACGAGGCGGACCGGCAAGACCAGCAGUGGAGCAGCGGCAUGCAGGAACUGCGGCAGGUGCGUGCGGAGGCGGCGGCCGUGCAGGCCCGUGCCACAGAGGCCCUGCAGCAAUGCAUGACGGAGCUGACGUCGGCGAACGACGCGAAGCUGCAGACGUUGGAGAAGCGCCUGUUGGCCUCGCAGAGGGAGCGACAGCAGCAGUGGGAGCAGCAGGUGCGGCAGCUGCAGCAGUCGGUGGAGGAGCAGCGGGAAAUGUCCCAGCGCACCCGCUCUGCCGGCGACGCGGCGGAAGAGCGCCUUCGAAGGGUGGAGGCGGCUGUGGCCUCGGUGGAGUCGACGUUGCCGAACGGCAUCGCUGGCAUGAAAGCCCGAUGCGACGCCCUGCAGACGCUCCUGCAGCAGAGCUGUGCCCUCCCGCUGUUAGGGGUGCAGCAAGACGUGGAGGUCGUGCAACGUCGACUGCAGGCACUCGAUGAAGACAAGACGCGAUCGAAUGUGCUGUGGGCCCAGCAACUGACAGACGCGAAGCAGUUCUUUGAGGAGCGGGUGCGGAAUACGCGCGAUAUGCUGGAGCAGCGCCUCUCUCAUCAGAAGGAGUUGUAUGAAGAGCUGCGUAGCCAGCAGAACGCACAGCGCCGUUACACGGAGGAGCAGCAGCAGCUGGUGCUCGACCAAGUAAAGCGUCUCCAACCGCAACAACAGACAGGAUCGGGUCCCGUUCCUGUGCCACUACCCGCGGCGGUCACGACGGGCAACGUGUCAGAAAGACAAGCGUCGUCGCUAGCCGCACCCGCCGCCGAGGAACGCAGUGCAGCCACUGUCUCUACUCCCACCACUGCGGCGACUGCAGUGGAUGCGGAAGCCUUCCACAAACUGCAGCGACAGGUGCAAGGUCUUUACCCUCAACUGCAGAGCGUAGAGCAGCGUGUAGAGGCUGCUGCGGCAAAGGCGGCAGAGAAUACGUCCGCCACUGUCGCAAGCGCCAUCGCGCCGCUGCAGAGUCGCCUCGACGAGAUGCAAGAGCAGGUGCAGCUGUGCAGCAAGGAACAGCAGCUGCGAUUGAGUGAGGUGGACCGCGCGCUCUCCGCGAAGCUUCGAGUGAUCUCCACUGCGUGCGAUCGUCUUCCCGCGUCGACAGCGGAGCAGCUGGGCCGCGUGCGCGAGGACAUCGCCUCGGCCACCUCUCCUUUCCACCUCGUCACAAACCUCGCUGCCGAUCCGGACAGUCUGCAGCGUCUGGCUGCGGAGCUGCAAGACCACCUCGACCUCCCUCUCGAUAUGACGCGUACGCUGCGAGACGUGCAGGCAAAGGUGGCGCAGCAAGUCCACGCCAUCGAUGAACUGCGAGCGGUGCUGCGCGAGACUCAUCAGCAGAUGGCGGCUGUGCAGGCCAACGCGGCAGCCGAGCGCACCGCAGCGCAGUCGGCCACGGAGAACGAGGCCACCGUAUCACCGCAGGACGUCACUGCGACUCGGGCGGAGAUGCAGACGGCGCUUCAGGCGUUGCAGCAGCGCCAGGCCGCGUUGGAGCAGCAAACGCAGCAGCUCGCAGCGGCGCAGCUACCCGCCUUGGCGGGGGAGGUGGACGGCAUAAAGCAGGCAACGGAAUCCCUACCACAGUCCCUCCAGCAACUCACCGACCAGUACACGGCGCUUCAGGCGGCGCAGCGGCAGCAGCUGCCGACGCUACAGAAGUACGUGCAGGACGUGCUGGAGGUGGUGCAGGAGAAUCAGGCCGCGUUGCUCGACCCGCUGCAGCUGAAGCUGCGCACCGUGGAGGAGCGCCACAAGAAACUUCAGGUCCGCCUGGACGAGUGGAUGGAGGAGCAGGAAGCGUCGUUGGAGCAGGCCGGGGAGCACCAGAAGCGGCAACUGGGGCAGGCACGGGCCGAGUGGGAGACGCGGGCAGCCGCGCAGCUCGCCGCGGUGCAGGAUUCUGUGACGUCGCUGCGGACGAAUGUGACGGAUCUGGAAGGAAAACUGUCGUUGAUGGAGAAGCAGCGCGAAACGGAGGCGGAGGAGAAGAGGCAGCUGCGCGAGGAUGUGGGUGCGGUGGCGCAAGCGGUGAAGCAGAAGAUCGACAACGCCACCUCGGCGGACACCGUUGCACCAUCGUCGGCAGAGGCGCUGCCCACAACGGCAGCAGCAGCCACCACCGCAGCUCUCUCCCCCACUGCGCCAUCCGUGGCUCAGCUGCAAUCCUACAUGGAGGAGCUUGACGGUCGCCUGUCGCAGCUGGAGGAGCAGACGAACGACUCCCUCGCCGUCACCGCGGACGCCCUCGGUGCGUUUGGUGAGCAGCUGCAAGACGUCGUCACCCGCUUCGAUGUCGCUGUACGCGAGGCCGAGGCAGACGAAGGGGCGGCCUCUCCCUCCUCCUCCUCUGCUGCCGUGAUCGCCUCGGGCGGUGGGGCGAUACGAAGCCUUGAGGACGUCUUCACCUAUCUUCUGCUCCAACUGCGGCAACUCCAGCAGGCCUUGUACAGGCUGCAGGACAACACGGUCGAGACGUUGGAGAUACUGGAGCAGCACGAGGAGAGCACCGCCGCUCUGCCGACGCUGCAGCACAACGUGGAGGCGAUUGCCGCGGCGUUGGUGCCGCUGGCGGAGCGCCUUGGCGUGGAUGUGAAGAAUCUGUUGCUACCUCUCACCUCCCCGCGUGACAACGUAGAUGUCUACCCACCCUCGCACGCCAGCAGCAGCGACAGCAGCAGUAGCAGCAGCGGCGGCGGCUCGUUGGACGACGGAAGACAUGUGGAGAGUGCGCAGUAA